UGUUUAAAAAAUCCAAUUGUUUUUCUUAAAGGAGUUCGACUUGGAGAAUGGAAUACAUCAUCUGAUCCAGAUUGUGACGAGGGCCAAUGCUCAGAUGCUGUAGUGAAUAUACCUGUGGUGGAACAAAUUCCUCAUGAAAAGUAUGAACCGAAUUCGCGAUUACAAUUAAAUGACAUUGCUUUACUUCGUUUGGCGCGACCAGUUCAAUACACGAAUUGGAUUAAGCCUAUUCCUCUUCCGACCGUAUCCGAUGUCAACAAGAACUUUGACGGAGUUCCAUUGAUUGCAUCCGGAUGGGGAACGACUGAGCAUGCUGCUAGAAGUGACAUUAAGUUAAAGGUAAAACUGAAUGGCACUUCAUUAGAUAAAUGUAACGUUUUAUACAGUGGUUAUGGUGUCACUUUGACAAACCUACAUUUAUGUGCUGGAGGUGAAAAAGGAAAGGACUCGUGCAAAGGUGAUAAUGGUGGCCCGUUGAUACAUGAAAACAAGUCUGACCCGAAAAAUGUGCAAUAUUCCAUAGUCGGGGUUGCUUCGUUUGGAUCAUCACCAUGUGGAUUAAAAGACGUUCCCGGUGUCUAUACGAGAGUUGAUCAGUACAUUGAUUGGAUAUCAAAUCAUAUGAAUAAGCAAGAAAACCGAUAAACCGAUCUUCAGGUGUGUUCUAUAAGAUCCCUUCAUCGCGAAUGGCUAAAUUUAUGAAAAAAAAUCCUUGAAAUUUUAUAUGGAACAAGUGAAUUUCAAUAAAAAAUAAAGAUUAGCAUGUUUAUGUGAA